AUUAUAUAUUUUAUCUGUGGUCUGAACUCUCAACUCUGUGGCAAGGAGUGAUUUUUGAUAAUUCAUUUUCUAGAAAACUUAAAACCGAUAAAGUGAGAAACAGAGAAAGUUGGAAACAUCAAGGAACAUAAAUAUUUAAAUUCGAGUUGAAGUUUCGGAACAAUGGCGACUGAAACGUUGGUGCCUUUGGAAUCGAAUCCAGAUGUUAUUAACAAAUUCCUCCAGAAACAUGGUGUCCCCACUGCCUGGAAUAUCGUGGAUGUCAUGGGAUUGGAAUCUGAGAUGCUCUCUUGGGUGCCAAAACCAGUGAUUGCUGUCACUCUUCUAUUCCCACUUUCUGACGCUUAUGAGCAGUUUAAAGCUAACGAAGAAUCCGAAGUGCUUGCAAAGGGCCAAGAAGUAUCCAGUAAUUUGUUUUACAUGAAGCAAUGCAUCAGUAAUGCAUGUGGUACCAUUGCUCUAAUACAUGCUGUAGCCAACAAUACUGAUAAGAUAGAGCUUUCUGAUGGACAUCUCAAAAAGUUUCUGGAUGCAGCUAAGGAUCUGGAUCCUAAUGCUCGGGGCACUCUAUUUGUAAACAAUGAUGGGAUUAUUAACUCUCACAAAGAGCUGGCUCAAGAGGGUCAAACACAGGCUAACCCUAAUGAGCCUGUAAACCAUCAUUUCAUUACUUUUGUUCACAAAGAUGGAUCCUUAUAUGAGUUGGAUGGUCGCAAAGCUUUUCCUAUCAAUCAUGGACCAACUACUCCUGAGACAUUCCUUGAAGAUGCUGCUAAAGUUUGCAAGGAGUUUAUGGCUAGAGACCCAAAUGAAGUUCGUUUUACUAUUAUGGCACUGGCUGCUUCAGAUUAAAACAUUUGCUAUGUUUAAACAGCUUAUUAUUUAUUUUCAUGCUUAAGACUGUUCAGCUUAUAAGAAUUUCAUAAUUACAUACUUUGUUGUAAGCUUUUGUGAUAUUAAACAUUUUUAUUUACUUGUAUAA